AUGGCCAAACUACAGGAAGACCUCCUAGGCGCGGACCCGCGCCUGGUGGCCGGGCGUCUGGAGCUGGCCUCGGGCUGGCUUCACUCCGACUCGGCAGUUCGAGCGUUGCUAAGCCAGGCCGCGGCAGCCUCCGAGAAGGAGAAGCAUGCCGCCGCCAGGGCUGCAGCCAACCGUAAGGCGGCGCUGAAGGACGGCGAGGCCGCCCGCGUUCGCUGCCGAAAGCUGGAGGGUGAGCUGAAGAGCCUGCGUGACGAGCGCGCGAAAGAAACACGCGACCGCAAGGCGGAGGAGGAGGAGAUGAAGGCUCGGGAGGAUGACAUCAAGGGUCGCGAUGCCGAGCUGGGGGAGUUGACGAAGGCGCAGGCCGCAGAGCGCAGCCGACUAGAGGAGCUGGAGCAGAAGUCGCACCCGCUCGUCGUCGCCGUGUGCCACCACCGCCGCCCGAAGGCCCCGCCGUCGCCAACCACCGUCGCCGCUCGGAUCGCCCUCCGCCUCGCGUCUCCGACCUCUUCACCGCCGUCGCUGGACUGCCUCCCCGUCAACAUCGUCGUCUCCGUCCUCCUCCCCAAGUCGCUCCCCCCGCACCGCUGCCCCGUGCCCUACAAACCCCCUUGUGAGGCCCUCCCCUUCCUUCUCCUCUGCCGCGCUCCCACCGCGCCCACCGUUGCUCCGCUCCGGCCGCGACCACGCCUCGCGCGCUCCGGCCCCACGCUCACCGCGGUCGGGCCGCGCCUUGGCCACGCGCUGCACCGACCGGCCGUGUCCGUCGUCCCGCGCCCACUACCGCCCCGGGGCCGCGGCCACCUCCCCGUGCGCGCCCACCGUGGCCGCGCCUCGCACGCGCCCCACCCCGUGUGCGCCCACCGUGGUCGCCUCCCCUGCUCUGCUGCGGCCUCGUUGGCCCGCGCGCCCGCCCCCUCUGCUCGCUGGCCGCAGUGCCGCUCGGGCGCCCAGUCGGGCUCCGCCCGUUAA